AUGACUAACAAUCAACUCCGCCUUCUAUGGAUCGUCUUGGCUGUGAGUGUUUGGGUUUUCCUGAGUGCAGCAAUGGGUCAUCUAGGAGUUACGAUAGCAUUUCCCAAGUCGAUAGGCUCAUGGAAGAACUUUACUGAACAAGGGUCAGGAAGGCCUAGCACUCGAGAGUGUUCAUGCAAUAACUCCCCGGGGAACACGUACGCUGCGAUUGAACCAAACUCUCUGCAAUCUACACCCGAUACCAAAGUCCGCAUGUUCAUAUUGGCCAACAUGCGAACCGGCUCCUCUUUUGUGGGCGAUAUUUUUGGCAGCUCCUCCGAUGUGUUCUACUUGUUUGAACCUGGGCUCAGUCUGAACGAAGCUCUCGAGAACUUGGAGGACAGACCGCGGGUCUUGAGUGGCGUGUACCUGAGAAUGCUUCGGAGACUAUACCUGUGUGAUUUCAGACAACUUGAUUUCUACCUGCAAUGGCUGUCGCAAAAGGAUAUGUUCAAUCUGAGGAAGCUUGCACCAAGACUGCACGAUCUCUGCUCCAAAUCUCCCGCCAAGGGAUCAUGCACGAUAACACGAGAAAUGGCGACUGAAAGUUGUCAACAGAGCAAAUACCUUGUGGUGAAGUCGAUUCGUAUACCAGACAUAAUGCUCCUGAUGCCAAUGAUGGAAGACGAGGCAAUAAAACUGAAGGUGGUUCACCUGGUACGGGACCCACGUCCUAUGAUAGCAUCACGUGUGAUAGCUCUAACAAGAACGAGAGUGACUUGGCUUUCAGACAGUAUCCGAGAAUUCCUUUGCCUGUACUGUAAAUCAAACUGGGAGAAUAUGGUGUUGGGAACACAAAACCCCAGGAUUAAAGACCGGUAUAUGUUUUUGAGAUACGAGGAUGCGGCUUUGGAUCCCGUGGCGGCGGCCCGGCGGAUGCACCAGUUUCUGGGGCACAGCCGAGUCCCGGAAUCAGUACUGAAGUGGAUUGAUGUCAACACCAAGUCCGCGAAGCCGGGUAGGCCUUUAUAUUCCACGGCCAGGAAUUCUUCAAAAGCCUACCGAGCUUGGCGCGACGGCUUCCCGUUCGACACGGCCAAAGCAAUCGAGGGCACGGGACAGUGUGCGGGAAUGAUGGCGAGGAUGGGGUAUAUUCCAUUGGUAGAUGAGAAACAUCUUAGGAACUCGUCGCUGUCACUACUUACCAGUAUUCCCUCUGGGAACGAUGACAAAAAUUAUGACUGGAUGUGGGAUCUUUAAGGUCUGUGAAGUAGUUGGCUCUCGCCCGUCCGCGCCCCAACGGUUGGUCCGUCACAACUCAACCGUUUAACCGUUGCAGUUUGCCACCACCUGUCAACACAGUCAUCUUGU